AUGGUCAACCGUAGUCAGCGGUUCCUUCUUCGAGAAAAGCAAAUCCUUCUCAUUGGCGGAGGAAAAAAUAAAAAGUUUGUUUGGGAGGCUGCCAAGAAUUACCUUGUUAAGAUAAUUUUGAUUGACCCGGAUCAUAAUCACAGUGCAGCCACCAGUGUAUACAAGUUUAUCCAAUGUGAUAUAGAAGACCACAGCCGCGAUGAAGAAAAUGCAGAGAAAAUUGUCCACCUACUGCGCACACAAGGCCUAGCCGUAGACGGAUGCAUGACAGUUAUUGACGAAUACGUUCCUCUGACGGCUUUGUUGUGCGAAGCACUAUGUCUGCUUGGUAAUAGGCCCGAAGCUUCAAGAAAGACUAAGAAAAAAAGUCUUACCCAAAAUGUUUUAGUGGAAUCUGCAAUCAGGAGCUCUCCUCUGCCAAACCCUAAACUGAAUGCAGUCACGAUACACGAAAUUGUCCAACCCGAAGAUGUGAAGGGAUCAUCAAAUAUUCUUCAGUAUCCGGCAAUUUUGAAGCCAGAAUACGGGUCAAGUUCUCUUGGAGUAUACCUUGUCAAAGACGAGACAGAAUGUCUGAAGUCCUUCAACACCGUUCAGAAAACCUUAAAAGCUAAGGAUGAAAAGGCGUUAGCAUUUGGAUACGGCAACGAAAUGCUCCUAGCUGAGUAUGCACUGGGAACUAAGCAUGGAGUCGAUAUCGUCAUGUUUCGAGGAAUGAUUUUAGCGGCAUUCAUCUCUGAUUGUGGACCUACCCGCUUUCCUCGCUUUUUGGAGACUUCAUCAUGUAUGCCAACAAGUUUAACCCUUGACAAGCAACGACAGCUGGUAACGGCCACACAGCAGUGUGUUAGAGCAGUUGGUCUCACUGAUGGUGUGUAUGAUAUUGAGUUUAAAAUGACACCCAUGGGGCCAAAACUGAUUGAGAUCAACGGAAGAAUGGCAGGAUACAAUCAUAGGGACUGGAUACUCGCCGUCUUUGAUACAGAUAUCCUUUUCCUUAAUUUCUUAAUUGCAUGUGGGAUAUUACCCAGCGUCCGGCCAUUGGAGCCAAGGUGCCAGCUGAUAGGGGUCAUGUGUACCACAACAGCCCACGCCAAGGCACUAUCGCGGCCGGGCAUUGCUACACUGGAGAUUCUAGCCGAGGCUCAUGAAGAAGGAGAAAUACUUUUCUUUCCAAGGGAGUCCAAGUUGAAAGAAAAUGAGCCCUUUGAGAACCUGUUAUGCCAGGUAGUUGUUAAGGCGGCGUCUAUCAAUGAGGGGAAGGAAAAGCUGUUAGCUGUUUGCAGGAAAUAUGGGAUAGACAACCAACAGUAUCCAGUGGAGCGCUUUCUGUCCCCUUUCCUGGAGUUGUCCCGGCAAUGA